CUUACUACAAGAUGGAUGAUUUCUUAAAGAUAGAAAAGAUCGGCGAAGGUACUUACGGUGUCGUUUACAAAGGAAAAAACAAAAUAACUGGUCAAUUUGUAGCCAUGAAAAAAAUUCGCUUGGAGUCCGAAGACGAAGGCAUACCAUCCACGGCAAUAAGAGAAAUAUCUCUACUUAAAGAACUGAACCACCCUAAUAUUGUCAAGUUGGAGGAUGUCCUGAUGGAAGAGUCGCGACUUUACUUAAUCUUCGAAUUCCUCUCUAUGGACUUGAAGAAAUAUAUGGACUCCCUUGGUUCUGGAAAGUUCAUGGACCCAUCUGUAGUUAAGAGCUAUCUAUAUCAAAUCAACAAUGCCAUCUUGUACUGUCACCAACGACGGAUCCUGCAUCGAGAUCUCAAACCACAGAACCUACUCAUCGACAAGACUGGAAUCAUUAAAGUUGCAGAUUUUGGUCUUGGUCGAGCAUUCGGUGUUCCAGUGCGGGUCUACACACAUGAAGUUGUCACAUUGUGGUACAGGGCUCCUGAGGUCUUACUAGGAAGUCAAAGAUACUCUUGUCCAAUUGAUAUAUGGUCAGUUGGCUGUAUAUUCUCUGAGAUGUCAUCAAAGAAGCCACUGUUUCAAGGAGACUCUGAAAUUGAUCAACUCUUCCGCAUUUUCAGAAUGCUAAGAACGCCAACAGAAGAGAUAUGGCCUGGUGUUUCUCUCCUACCAGACUACAAGCCAACCUUCCCGAACUGGAACACGUACAAUCUGCACAAUCAUGUACAAAACCUAGACGAAGUGGGCAUGGAUUUGUUACAAAAGAUGUUAGUCUACGAUCCGGUUAAAAGAAUAUCCGCGAAGGACGCGCGACGACACAAGUACUUUAGAGACGUGAAACUACCUCCCGGACUGACAGUGCACGACGCUUACAUCAGAGUGACGCCAGAAUACCCAUACGACACGGAUUCUGUUCAAAGUGUAUAGGAGACACGAAUCAUUAGAACUAGGUGUCAUUUAUAAAGACUACAAAUAUAUUUUCAGAACGAAUACAAAGUACAACUCAGUUGGGCUCCUCUGUCGCAAUCAUUGCAUUUUAAUUUGAGAGAUUUGAGGUAUGUUCUCUAUACUGUAUUCUCCACAAUUCGCAUCCAAUCUCCUUAUAGUAGAACCUUAAUAUUUAAAUGUACUUUAUUUUAUCGAAUUUGAUCUAAAAAUUAAAUUAGUCAAUUCAGAUUAUUGAAAAACUAAGACUAGUAAACGCGAGACGUAAUUUAGUUAAAGCUUUGAACUUAAAUAAUUUACGUAAAGGCUUUUUAAUGAAUUUGUGUGUCUGUGAAGUUGGGAUUUUAAACCGUCGAGAAUAAAUGAAUAGAUGUGAGUUAUUUUAAAGCUAUUUCGGCGAAGAGCUUAAUUUUUAAAUCAAGUCACUAGGUUUUAAAUAGUGACCAUAGAAAAUUAUUGUUUGAUUAUUAUAGAAAAACGUGUCAUAGUUUGUUCGAAGUUGUACAAACCUUCAUAGUUUUAACUUUGAAUGUUGGUUUCGUUCAUUACCUUAACACUAAUUUGAGAAUUAUUGAUAGUUAAUUAACCUUGAAUAAAUUAAUUCUCGUUGUCUAAUCGUGUCGUGUAUACAUCUUUGUGUCGUUUUGUCAUGUUCGACUUAUGUUAUAGGAUAGUAUUUAAUUAUUUCUUCUGUAAUAAUAUUACUGCCAAAUAGUUGUCUUCAUUGAACUGUUUAAUAAGUUUUUACGAACGCUGAAAUGCUUAAUAACCUCAGACACCAAAGGCUAAAGCAGUAAACUUAGUGCAUAAAAAACUAACCACAAUAGUUUAAUUAUCAUUACAAACUAACUUUGGAUUUGGAUAAGGGUUCCUUUCGACUAAAAUACCUGUUUAAUAAUAUAUAAAACUUGCAGUAUUAUCAUUCACGCCUUCAAAGAAAUAUUCUGGAGCUUGUGAUGAUCAUAAUAGUUUGUUAAAUAUAGUUU